GUAACUCGAGGGUUGAGCAUUGGAGAAAGAUGAUGGAAAAUUAACAAAUAUUACGAAAAAAUACAUGAUAUUUAUCGUAACCCAGCAAUGUUCGAUAAUUUUAGAGACCGCUUGCAGACCGUACAGCAUGAUCUGAGUAAAGGGUAAGGAAUUUUUUUUUUUCAAUAACUGUGUUCAGUCUUUCAAGUCCAUGUUUAGGUGGUCGUUCAUCUGCAGUUUAACUUUAAUACACUGUGUAAUGGUGUUUUGUUUUAUUAUCUUCAACAACUUUCGUAAGGCAUCGUUGUUCUUUGUCCAUGCAGGUGGAAGUCAAUUGCUGACAAAGCUAAAGCUGUCAACAAGAAAAUAGUCCGGUGAGUUGAAAAAAAAAAAAAGUAAAAUGUUUAACAACCCCUGUUUUGUUAAAAAUUUAAACGAUAGAAUAAUAGGUCAUGGUUCUUUUUUGGUAAAAUGUAAGCUUAAUUUGUUCUAAAUGACUUUUUAAAACCUUUUUUUCUUUGGUCCUGAUAGGAAAACCACAUUUAUUACAGAUGAAAUAAUUGAAAGGUGUGUAUACAAAGUCAGAAUAUUAAUGCAGCUGUGUGCAUGAUUCUCAUAUAAAUCAUAGGGCAGAACCCGUGGGUGGGGGGAGGGGUGGGCCAAGGUGAGGGAGUUACUGUUUUGUAUAAGCUAGGUAGUUGCAGUGCCAAAAGUGUGGUUUUUAUUUUAAUUCUUUAUGUUUAAAAUUGAGUGUAGAUUUUAGAGUUUUGGUCUGGAACCAGCCUCUGGGAUUACGUAUGUUUUCAAUAUUUUGUCUUUUGAGAAUGGCACAUUAGUUCCAGACUUGCUUGACUUUUCUUAAAUGUUAUUUCUUUUCAGUGGUGAUCAGUGCUUUAGUUGUAAUCUUGAGGCAGGCUCUGAAAUCCUGAGCAAGUAAGGAUGACACUGAUUGAAUUCUCACUUAAUAGAUCUACACUCUUAUAGAAUAGCAAAAUUCCCUAUUAUUGUUAGCCUGGGAAAACAGCUCGAAUUUGUGAUGCCACUGGUUUCUCUGCGAAAUGAUGUCUGAUAAACAAAAACAGAAAUUUGUUACUGAUUACAUGUCACUACCCAUAUCUGGGUAAUGCUUCUGAUUCGACACUAUUGACUGUCUCUCGGUUGACAGUCAGUCAAUAGUGAUGACCGAGAGUCGGUCAAUAGUUGGUUGACACUCAAUCCCCAUAUCGGUCACUACUUGCGUUGAUAUGUUGGUGGAGCAUCGGCCCAAAUUGGCCUCUGUCAACCAACAUGAAUGUUGGCCGAUUGUCGUCCGCUAGUUUGUCGACAUUUGUCAGACAUUUGCUCAGCCCCACUAGCAUUAGUGCUACAAAUACUGCCGUGGGUUAAUAACAGAGCUGUUAUUAUUAUUAUUAUUAUUAUUAUGUCUAUUUUUGGGUUGACAAACACAGUGCAUUGCAACAUUUCUUGUCAGUAAUCUGUACUGGUAAUCUUAAAGAGGACAAAACAAUGGCUUAGCGCUUCUAAUUUUCACCCAAUAUAAAUGUAUAUAAUGUAUUAUUGUGUCUGUAGGUAUCAAAAGGAGUGGGCUGAGCUUCAUGCAACAUCCAGAGAAUGUGCAACAAGAGCUCAGGUUUAUAAAAUUAUAUAAUUCACUAAUAAACAGUGUAUUAAUUUACAUUCAGUACUAUGUGUCGUGUAUAAGUUUCUGCGUGGAAUAAAUUCCGCUUAUGACACAAAAGUUGAUUUUGUCUGUUGCCAUGUACAGUUAUUUGUGUAUUGCUCUUUUAAUCAUGUGAGAGGUGGCAAUUUCUGACUCAUUAAUAUAUGUCAUCUUAAAUACAAAUGUAGCAGAAAUUGAUUGUUCAUUUCAGGUACAAAAUCCAACAAGUUCCUAGAAUGGUAUCAAAAAACAUUGUAAGGUGUGGGUAUUAGGUGUGCAUUAAGUUACCAUGUCUGGUCAUUGUUUUUCCCUCUUUUCAAUAUAUAAUGUACUUUUUUGUUGUUGUUGUUGUUCUAGAAUGCAGACCAGGUUAUUAUAGAGUUUUCCAAGAAAUGUACUGAACUUGAUACCUCCAUGACAGUAUUUCACAACGAGCUGAGUCUCUUGCCAGAAGUUAUAAAGAACAUUGAAACAGCCAAGGCUGAUAUAGGUCAGAGUAGCCAGUCUAGUGACCAACAUCUUAUACUUGAUACCAAUAAUAAUGCAUAAGGUGAUGAGGAUAUCAAGGAUGUAAUAAUCACCACUUGAAAGGUGGACUCUCAAUUUGUGAACAAAUAAAAUUCUCACCAUCACAUACAGAAAAAAAUUUUUUCAACCAUGUGGAGAAUAUUCGUGUUGGUAUUUGUUAAGAGGCUUAGAAUAGGAAGCUAAAAUUCGAGAGACUUGAACGAUCCAAAAGGGCAAAUUCGCAAAUAUGAUUCUAGUUAAAUUUCCACUGUCUUAAAGAGACCUGCAACCCAAGGAUGGCAGCUAUUUUAAGUUUCUUUUCAUUUUAAUAGUAAAAUCAGCCUCACUAACCUU